CGUCAGUAGGUUUGGCGCUCGCGGGAAAACUUGUCUGGGUAUAGGAAGACCCGGACCAGCUGGACCUGGCGCUGCUAUGAGCCUCUGGGUGGACAAGUACCGGCCGUGCUCCCUGGGCCGGCUGGACUAUCACAAGGAGCAGGCGGCGCAGCUGCGCAACCUGGUGCAGUGUGGCGACUUUCCCCACCUGUUAGUAUACGGACCAUCAGGUGCUGGGAAAAAGACAAGAAUCAUGUGUAUUCUACGAGAACUUUAUGGAGUUGGAGUGGAAAAGUUGAGAAUUGAACAUCAAACUAUCACGACUCCAUCUAAAAAGAAAAUUGAAAUCAGCACCAUUGCAAGUAACUACCACCUUGAAGUCAAUCCCAGUGAUGCUGGAAACAGUGACCGGGUGGUCAUUCAGGAGAUGCUAAAAACGGUGGCACAGUCACAGCAGCUGGAAACAAGCUCUCAGAGAGACUUCAAAGUGGUGCUGUUGACAGAAGUUGACAAACUCACAAAAGAUGCUCAGCAUGCCUUGCGCAGAACCAUGGAAAAGUAUAUGUCCACCUGCAGACUGAUCUUGUGCUGCAAUUCUACAUCUAAAGUGAUACCACCGAUUCGUAGUAGGUGCCUUGCAGUUCGUGUGCCUGCUCCCACCAUUGAAGAUAUUUGCAAUGUGUUAUCUACUGUGUGCAAGAAGGAAGGUCUGAGUCUUCCUUCGCAGCUGGCUCAGAGACUUGCAGAGAAGUCCUGCAGAAAUCUGAGAAAAGCCUUACUCAUGUGUGAAGCUUGCAGAGUGCAACAAUAUCCAUUUACAGAAGAGCAAGAGAUCCCUGAGACAGACUGGGAGGUGUAUCUGAGGGAGACUGCAAAUGCUAUUGUCAGUCAGCAGACGCCUCAGCGGCUCCUUGAAGUUCGUGGAAGGCUCUAUGAGCUUCUAACUCACUGUAUUCCUCCUGAGAUGAUAAUGAAGGGCCUGCUCUCAGAGCUCUUACAUAAUUGUGAUGGACAGCUGAAAGGGGAAGUGGCGCAGAUGGCAGCUUAUUAUGAACACCGACUACAGCUGGGUAGCAAAGCCAUUUAUCAUUUGGAAGCAUUUGUGGCUAAAUUUAUGGCAGUUUAUAAGAAGUUCAUGGAAGAUGGGUUGGAAGGCAUGAUGUUCUGACCCAGUCAGCAAUUCUAAGUACUUCUCAGAAUCAGCUUUUAUGUACUGUUUAUAUUUGAGGUACUGUGGGUACAAUAAACUACCUUUACCUA